AUAAAGCGCCCCGCGCCGCGGUGGGCAGCUCUGGGCUGCGCAGGGGGACACGCUGGCCUCCUAGAUCCGCAUCCCGCCGAGCUCCAGUCCGGACACCGCGAACAUGGCACCCAUUGGGGGCAAAAAGGCCAAGAAGGGCAUCCUAGAACGGUUAAACGCUGGCGAGGUCGUGAUUGGAGAUGGAGGGUUUGUCUUUGCCCUGGAGAAGAGGGGCUACGUGAAGGCAGGCCCCUGGACCCCGGAGGCUGCCGUGGAGCACCCAGAAGCAGUCCGCCAGCUUCACCGCGAGUUCCUCAGAGCCGGGUCCAACGUCAUGCAGACCUUCACCUUCUACGCGAGCGAGGACAAGCUGGAGAACAGGGGCAACUACGUGGCAGAGAAAAUAUCCGGGCAGAAAGUCAAUGAAGCUGCUUGUGACAUUGCCCGGCAAGUGGCCGACGAGGGGGACGCCUUGGUGGCAGGAGGCGUGAGUCAGACACCUUCCUACCUCAGCUGCAAGAGUGAAACGGAAGUUAAGAAAGUAUUUCAGCAACAGUUAGAGGUCUUCCUGAAGAAGAAUGUGGACUUCUUGAUCGCAGAGUAUUUUGAACAUGUUGAAGAGGCCGUGUGGGCGGUGGAAGCCUUGAAAGCCUCCGGGAAGCCAGUGGCAGCGACCAUGUGCAUCGGCCCCGAGGGAGACCUGCACGGCGUGACCCCCGGCGAGUGCGCAGUGCGCCUGGUUAAAGCAGGAGCUGCCAUCGUGGGUGUGAACUGCCACUUCGACCCCACAAUUAGUCUGCAAACAGUGAAGCUCAUGAAAGAAGGCCUGCAGGCAGCUGGGUUGAAAGCCCACCUGAUGAGUCAGCCCUUGGCCUACCACACUCCCGACUGCGGCAAACAGGGAUUUAUCGACCUGCCAGAAUUCCCCUUUGGACUGGAGCCCAGAGUUGCAACCAGGUGGGAUAUUCAAAAAUACGCCAGAGAGGCCUACAACCUGGGGGUCAGGUUCAUCGGCGGGUGCUGUGGAUUCGAGCCCUACCACAUCAGGGCAAUUGCGGAGGAGCUGGCCCCAGAAAGGGGCUUUUUGCCACCAGCUUCAGAAAAACAUGGCAGCUGGGGAAGUGGCCUCAACAUGCACACCAAACCCUGGGUUAGAGCCAGGGCCAGGAAGGAGUACUGGGAGAAUCUCCGGAUAGCCUCAGGCAGGCCCUACAACCCCGCCAUGUCAAAGCCCGAUGCCUGGGGAGUGACCAAAGGAACCUCCUUGCUGAUGCAGCAGAAGGAAGCCACCACCGAGCAGCAGCUGAAAGAGCUCUUUGAAAAACAGAAAUUCAGAUCCGCGUAGGAGCCUCAACACAACCCAAUUCUGUGAAUUCUUUUCUGUUUGGGCCACAGUUCUUAGAAAUGAGGAAAAGACAGUUAAAAUGCAGCGCUCGUGUUGACACCAGCUUAUACACAACAUUGGUGUGAGCUGAGCGAAAUAGAAUUUCAAAUAGCGCCUCACGAUUUUAAAAGUAUGUUUUAGAAGUUUCCUUAGAAGCAAAAUAAGUCAUGAAGUAAAUCUUAAGCAGGCUUACUAAGCACCCACCCGAGUAAGGUGUUCAGGAAAUCGCCGUGGACAAUGGAGUGAUUCGGACAUUAACCCCACCUGGAGAAGUCUGCAGGCUAGUAAGGGGGUUGGACAGAAGCUGUCAUACAUGGGUCAG